ACACAAGAAAUGGCCAUAUGAAAGGUUGCGCAUGCGCGGUACUCGUCGCUUUAAAACAAGUCUUGAGGAGGGAACAUGAAGGCAGCUGCAGGUGGACUUGAAUAACAUCAGUGGUAUGUUAUACAAUCAUUAUUGACUCCAUAUAAAAAUGACAGAUACCCUACAGCCGUAACAACUUAGUAGUUACAACUGUUCCUCAUCAAACAUCGAUUACUUGCUCAAACUCAGUGGCUAGCUUUAGCGUGCUAGCAGGCUGUUAUUGUUUUUCAUGAGAAACCAAAAUGGAGGAGAUGGUUGGUGCCAGUGUCCUGCGCAGCCACUCCCGAGUACUGCCUUGGACCUGUGAUGGGGUGCAGCUCCAGCCUACAUGAGGAGUAGCUGUGGUUGAAUCGCACCGCCGAGGCGUUGCAGAAACGAGGGAGCCAAAUGUGUUCGCCAUGACUCUGAGGUCCACGUUGUUUCCAAAAGCAGGAUUCAAGCACAACGCCGACAGCAUCGACUUUGAAGCUCCCCACAUCGGGACCGCUACCGUCAGUCCCGUGAGCCUGAAGAGGGAGUGCUGUGACUUUGUUAUAAAUGUCCAUGACGCACAGGACGGCGCGAUCCCGAACAAGGACGUAGACCAGAAUUAUAUGACUAGUAAAGUUGCUAUUGCUGCAACAAUAGCAGAAGCAGUUCAAGGAAACAACACAACUGUAGGGGUAUUGUCCCCUGUCAGACAAAUGGGGGGUGAGGGAACCCCAGUGAAAGGUAAACCCCUCUCUGACAAUAUGGAUAACCCUCAGAUGGUUUUAAACAAUAACCCUAAAGAUGCAGGGGCAGAUGACAGCGCCAAGGGGGUUGUACAAGGAGUUCUUGGUUCUGCCUCUAUAGAAGUCUCAUCUGAGGGAAAAUGGAGGAACAUCAGGAAGACGCCGGCCAAUCCUCACACACAGGCCAAUUGUCUCCGUCAGAUCCUGCUUCUUCAACUGGACCUCAUUGAACAACAGCAGCAACAACUACAGUCCAAGGACAAGGAGAUAGAUGAGCUCAAAGCAGACAAAGAAACAUUGCUGGCCCGUAUUGAGCGCAUGGAGCGUCGCUUGCAGCUCACAAGGAAAGAUGUGCCACGCGACAAACGUCUUUUCCAGCCUCUGGAGCCUUGGACCCCGGAUAAAGAAGACAUUUGGGAUCUAGAAGUAGAAGAGAGUUCUCAGCCAAAUCCACCCACUCCACAAAAUUUUCGUAGUAGCAAAGGCCAAAAAAGAAAAUCAUGCUUUGGAGAGAUAAAGGUCCAGAAAUCAAGGUCAAAAGGUGCAAAGCUCAGUCCUAAGUCAGAGAUUGAGCCUGGGUCGCCUCUACAGCGAGAGCUGCGUAGUAAAGAAACCCCAGAGAAGAUGCUCAGGUGUGGCUCAGAGAAGGACAUGCUCCAGUGUAAAGAGGACCCCGAGCUCAGCUGUCAGAUGGAGGAUCUACCCUUCAUGUCAACAACAGAGAUGUACCUCUGUUGUUGGAACCAACCUCCCUUGUCCCCUCUGCGAGAAACUUCCCCUAAAAAGGAGGAAGAGGUGGCCAUUCCGUCCUGGAGGGAAAAUCACAUUGAGCCCCUGGAGGAGGACCCGUCUUUUAUCCCUCCUGAGGCCCUGGAUGACAACAUAUUUUUGAAGCGACAUUCAAAGUUGGAAUUAGAUGAGAAGAGAAGGAAGAGAUGGGAUAUACAGCGCAUCAGAGAGCAACGCAUGUUUCAGCGUUUGCAGCAGCGUAUGAAUAAGAAGAAAGUGCAGGAAUCUGAGCCAGAGCUUUCCUCAUUCUACCCUGAAACUGAAGAUGUUGAAGCUAUAGUGAUUACUCCCUUCCUACCUGUCGUUGCAUUUGGCAGACCAUUGCCCAAACUCUCUCAACAGAACUUUGAGCUGCCUUGGCUGGAUGACAAGAGCAGAUGCCGUAUAGAGGUGCCGAAGAAGCAAACUCCACAUCGGACCUGUAGGAAGUGAAGCUUGAAUGUCAGAUUGCACUGAUCAGUCUUGUCUAGAGCAAAGUCACUGCUCAGUGGCCAUGUAUAACUGCUGUCAGUUUCACAAGGAAGUGUUGUUUUUAGUUGCAUCAACCACAACAGAUCAGUGUCUGCUGAAAAUAAUAACAGGUGAUUUCUGCACCAGUUGGCCUCUCAUACAUGUAACAGUGGGACUAAAGGCUUGAUGCCGCAGUCUUCCCAUUAGCAGCUGUUAUUAUGAAAACGUAUCAUAUUCUGAUUGAAAAUGUUUGCAUGUGGUAGAAUCCAAAUACACUUUAUUACGGCCUACUCACUGACAUUGAUUUUAAGGUCCUUUUAAAACAGAACAUUCAUACAGGUUAAAAAUACAAUUGGAGACUUCAAACAUCAACUCAUUAACUAUUUUGACUGAAAAUGUACAUGUAUGGCAGUAACAUAAUAUAAUCAGUUACUACGCUCUUCAAAGGUAAAAAAGUCAAAAUUUGACCGUAUUGUGCUGUGUAUUGCUUCUAUUAACAUGCAGAAAAAACAUCAAUAGAUGUUAGAUGUUAUACCUGGGCUUGAACCACAUUCAGCAUGAUGCCAUUAAAUGCAGUUCUUAAUCUAAUACCCACAACUAUAUCAAAGUUGUGUCUUGAAACAGAAAAUAUAUUUUUGACAAAGCAAUUUAGUGUGACAACAAGUGAUUGAUUUUGUUAUUUUAUGUGAGUUGCAUGAACUGUUUCAAAACAGUAGCAUGGUGAAUUCAAGAUUUGAGUGUUUUUUUCCAAAACCUUUUUUUUUUUACUUGAAAGCAUGAAAACAGGUGAGCGCUAUCGCUGUAUUCAUACAAGUUCCAAGUAAAAGCAGCACAACUUGGGUUCGGAUUUUUGUGUUAAAGAUUGUUCAAUAUGCUUAUGAGCCUGUAAUUAUUAGGCAUAUCUUGUAUGCAUUGGUGUAUAAGAAUGCAGUUAGCUGACAUUCAAAAUAGCCUUGUCAAAAACAAGCUGCUCUAGCUGUAGUAAUAGCAGUGCAACAUGCUGCCGGUUAAUCUUUGUCGUCAAAGUGAUUGGUUAUUCUAACGUUCGUCACUGCUUUACUCACUUGUUUCACGAUGCAAUUGUUCCUACAGCUUCAGUACAACUGUCUAGCAUACUGUAUGUGUCAGCUGAUUUUGGAAAUACAACAUUGAUCUAUUUGUAAAUAGGUAUCAGACAAAUGUACAUAAACAUGGCUGUUAUUUUUUUAUUAUUUAAUGUUGAAGUGUUCAGUACAUUCAAUUGUUCUAUGAUUGUAUGUUGACAAAUGGACAGAUUUGAAAGUUACAAAUUACAAUUUUCAGAAUAAAACAGAUCUAGUCUAAA